AUGUUGGUGCGGAGAAUGGCAAAGUUCACUGAUGAUGCCGACUACGAUUCCGGCGAAACGUUUGAGAAUGUAUCAAGUACACUGUCAGACGACUUCGGACUAGGUGCUUUCUACAUAGUCGCCCUGACAACAAGACCGAAUUUCAACAAGGUUGACCCUGUUUUCGCAACAUGGCCAUAUUGGCAGGAAGACUCGGACGAGCGCAUCUAG